AUGAAUUUUGAUAAAAUAUUCACGCUCCUUAAUUCAGCAAUUGACCCUUUAAUUCCAAAUCUUUUUCUUAAAAAGCAACCUUCUACUUCUUCAACCAAUACUACCUCUAAUAAUAUAAAUGACAAAGUAACUUCGGAUAAGUACAAAGUACAAAUUCAAGUUUAUCAACAACCAAAGCAACACGAAGACCAACAUGAUCAGCAGCAAGAAGAUAAACAGCAACAGCAAAAUAUCGACUUAAAAUAUUUAGAUGACCUUAAUUCAACAUUUGAUGAUGUUGUCGUGGAUGAAUUUUCUGAUAGUGGUUGUAGUAGCGAUUCGGAUUUCUAUGAUAGUGAAUUUGAAGAAACGACCAAAAAAAAACGACCAAAAUAUUUUGAUUAUCCAUUCAGAAAAAAGGAUAAAAAUCUCAAUAGAUCAAAUUCUUCUUUAUUCUCGGCUUUUUCGUCGUCUUCUUUACCAACCUUCACCAAAGACAAUAAUCGAAUUAAAUCAUUGCGUCGUCUCUUCAAAAAUUCGCGACAGAAUUCCUUUACCAAAAACACGUCCUCACCGACAACGAAUUCGGUAUAUCCUACAAACGGUGCGAAUCCGGAGUUAAGAGGACCUCUCGUGUUCUCGCCUCCGAAUCCAGAACCUAGUGUCCCGUUAUGGUCCGAACAAGUGGAUCCCGAAGUUAAAAAAAGCAUGAAUCCAAUGGGGAUCUUGAGACAAGAAGUGAUUUUCGAGAUUAUCAGAACGGAAAAAGAGUUUGUCGAAGAUAUCAAAUUCUUGUUGGAGCAUUAUGCAUCGGCAAUACUUGACUCUGAUGUUCGUGUGCCGAAAAGUCUAAAUCAGGCUUUGCACGUGCUCCAUGAAAUUUAUUACCUUCACAAAGAUUCAUCUAGGCAAUUGCUAAAUCUCCAAGCGAUCUACCCAGUAGUCCCAUCGAUUUCUCAUGUAUUGAGUAAUCUAGCAGCUCAUCUUGGCGUCUAUGAUCGUUUCUUACACCAUCAUAAAGACGCAAUUAGUCAAAUAGCGAUUGCAAGAAAAAAGGCUAACAAGUUUGGUCAGUUGAUUGGUAUGCUUGAGGCAAAUAACAUGAAUUCCGGUCGAUACUGUUCUAUCGAGAGUUUAAUGACCAAACCAAUUCAACGACUGUGCAAGUAUCCUUUGUUGGUCACGACUUUAAUGAGGGCUACUUCACCUGAUGACCAGGAUUACCCUCAGCUUCGUUUGUUGCACGAAAAGUUGGACUCUGCUAUCCGAGAGCUUCAUCAGGAACGAGAUAAUCGCGCGAAAAAAGAAUUGGAGCAAUUAAGUCGAAAACUAAGUUUAGGACUUGGGUUCAUGGCAACUCCAUUCUCGGGAAGAGCUUCAAGCAUGUCCUUACGAAACCAUAAACAAAAUAGUAACCCCAAUUUAAAUAACAUGACAACACCUCUCUCGACGUCACUACGAGCAAGUUGA